AAGUAUCAGGAUCUUGCUCGAUACUUUUCCAAAGAGGAAUGGCUGGAAAUGGCAGACUGGGAAAAGGUCCGCUACAAAAACCUAAAGCAAAACUUUGAGAAAUUGCUUGACAUAGGUAAGGCUGAACCAAUGACAUUGCUAUACAUAACCAGGCACUUAAUGAUUAGAUAAUAGUUUUGUUUUUACAUUUCUGUUAUAUGUGUGGCUGUCCUGGCAUAGCCAAAGCAUACCAUGCUAAUUAAUUUAACAACCACACUGCCAUACGCACAGAGGCAUUUCUCUGCAGAUACUUGAUUGUAUCAGAGGCAUGACAUCUACUUACACAGAGCAGUACUCUGGAGGUUAGUGUAUUUCUAACUUAGAUUCACUUACUGCUUCAAUAGUGUUUACUAGGUGGUGGGAAUUAGGAAUUUGUUCCAGAGAAGUGAUAAUUCCAUUUUAAGCAUGCUAUAUAUAAUUUCACUGAGGAUUGCUUUGGAAAUGUCCGCACCAGUAAAGGACAACGAGGAGGAAUCAAAUAUAAGAAAUGUUAAAUAAAUAAAUAAAUCUCACCAUCAUUAUAUUAAGUAAGAUACCAACCGGAGACGUCACAUGCAGUGAAGAAGUACUGAGAGAGCUCAUCCAAAAAGUUUCCCUCCCCUGAAGGCACAAAAUCAGCAAACACUUUUGGAAAAAAUAUUAUUCUAUUCCAAAUGAGGGGUCUCAUGCCCCUCUAGGUAGCCGUUUAUUGACAUAGGAAUUGCAAUCCUCUGUCUGCCAGGUAACUUUUAUGGGGUCAUAUGCCCAGGUUACUUGAUAACACCAUAUGCAUAGGUAAUACAUUAAUAAUGGGUGGGGUAACUCCUUGUUAUGUCACUAAAAAGACACAGGCAAACAAAAUACCCCUAAUUUUAAAACCGAAAUCCCACUUUUAAAGAAGUGGUCUUGUGAUUUUUUUUUUUUUUUUUAUCAAUACAAACUGUAUUUUGCCAGCAGUGGCAGUUACUUCGAUAUUGCUAAAAAGAGCAACAAACAAAUAUAUCUGAAUAAAUAACAUUUUAUUUAUUCCAGGUUUUAAAGUACCAAAGCCGAAGUUUAUGACCAAGAAGCACCAAUCUACAGAGACCUCUGCCAUUGAUGAGGAUGAAGAAUGGACUCCAAAGCUAAAAAGUAAGAAUACUUCAAUUAAAGCAAUAAAAAGCCUGUUAAGAACCAAUGGACACUCCAGGCACCCAGACCACUUCAAAUGGACACUCCAGGCACCCAGACCACUUCUGCCCAUUGAAGUGGUCUGGGUGCCAACUCCCACUACCCUUAACCCUGCAACUGUAAAUAUUGCAGUUUUCAAAAACUGCAAUAUUUACAUUGCAGGGUUAACUCCUCCUCUAGUGGCUGUCUACUAGACAGCCACUAGAGGGCACUUCCUGGUUUAUGUAGUAAAAUAAAGGUACUUGAAGACAACAAGUGCCAAAUACACACACCACUCCCUGUGUACCAAUAAAAAAAUAAAUAAAAAAAAGAUACUUAUACAUGUACAGAUAUAUGUAGGAAAUAUUCCAUGUAGUAAAUUCCUUUAACAACAAAAAAUAGUACAUAGUAUAGACUGUAUAUACAGAUAAAAAAUUAUAAAAGUGAUUAAAUACACUCACGAAUUCAAGAGCCGUGCCAGGCUCUGCAUAUAAUGCCCAAAGGUGCCUCAAAAGGCUAUGUAGAGAAUCUCAGAUGAUGUCCCCAAAAAUCAGCAAAAGCAGCAAAUGAUGGUAUAAAAAAUAAACAAAUUUAUUGUAAAUAAAGGUUAAAAGAUGACUGUGCAGGUCCCAUAUGGUGACACACAAAUUCAGUUAUGCAGACGCGUUUCAACUCAGUCCGAGUUUUCAUCAGUGCAUAAAAAUCAUCCAGCUGCUGUUCCUUUUAAAUUUGCCGCUUCUAUGAUUGCCGGUCACGUGGGUGGAAGUUCGGCUGACCGGCGUCUGAUGUCACUUCCGGUAUUUUCGGCGCUCAUUUCGUUGGCUUUAUUCAAUUCAGUUCAUUUGCCCAGUUGAAGCCAAAGGCUCCAUAUUGUGGAUGGGCACCUAUCGUGACUUGUAAAAUGCAUAUAUAUAAACAAUAACUCGUAAUAUAAAAUAACAUAAUUGUGUAUACAAAUAGCAAUAUUCAUGCAUGUAUAGAUCCCCUACAAGGGGGAGAUAGUAAGAGACAUGUAAAAAAAUAAUACACAAUGUCAUAAAGAUAUAUAUCACAUUUGCAACAUGUAAAUACAGCCCAUAUGAAUAGGAUUGGUGGGUCAAAGAGAGCAAAAAUGAAAAUAUAAAAAUAUAUAAAGAAUAUGUAAAAGAUAUGUUAAAAAUAUAUAUAUAUAAUGGGCUGAUACUCAAAAAUGCAUAAUGUAUAUAUUUAAAGGGAUACAAAAAUCAUUAAAAAAAUGAGCCAGCUCAAAAUCUAAAUUUAAGCCAUUAGGGGAUAGUGUUUAAUUCAAAUAUCCACCUGCUUUAAAAUUUACAAAGUUCUUUAAAAUUAUCUUCGCCCCUCCAAUCCUUUUUCUUUUGAGCAAUAGCAAUAAAACUGGCAUAGGAAGGGUCACUAUUAUGGCAUUGUGAAAACUGUGCAGAGACACUGUGUUUGGCAUACCCCCUCUGUAUAUUGCCCAAGUGUUCCAGCAUGCAAGUUUUUAAAGUCCUCGUGGUCAUUCCCACCUACUGUAAUUCACAAGGGCACCAGAGGAGGUAUAUUACAUUACUAGAAUAGCAUGUAAGGAUAGAAUUGAUUUUGUACUCGUUUUUUGAUGUAUUAGAAAUAAAUUUAGUGUGUGUCUUUUUUGAAUUUUGUUCUUUUGCAGGCUGUGCACAUUUUACACAGGUAGAAACCAUGCCUUUGACUGAAGGCAUUGGUGUUGGCGGCCUUAGUUUUUAUAUGGUUUUUAACUAAUAGAGUUUGAAGGUUUUUUGUACCUCUAUACACAAUUUUUGGCUUUUCACUGAUGUCAUUAAGACCUUCAUCAGUUCUCAAAAUAUGCCAAUAUUUGUGAAUGAUAGAUUUUAUAUGGUUAGCAUUACCACUGUAGUCCAAAAUCAAGAGGGGUUCCUCUUUCUGUUUAAUUACUUGUCUAUCUUUAUAUUCUAAUAAGGACUCUCUAUUUAGUUGUUUAGUCUCCUGGAUCUGAUAGUCUAAAAUAGUCGGAUCAUAUUUCUUUUCCACAAAAAAGGUUUUUAAGUCGUCCUGCCUGUUCUUCAUAUUCCUUGGUGUCACUGCCGUUCUUAAAAAUAUGGUUAAAUUGGCUCUUGGGCACAUUGCGCAACCACGGAUCGUAGUGACAACUGGUGGUGUCAAUGUACCCAUUGACGUCCACCGGUUUGAAGAAAGUUCUUGUGGAAAUAUGAUUAUUGGAAACAUAAAUCUCUAGGUCCAAAAACUGGCUGACGUUUGGCUAAUUUGGCUGCUCAAAACAAUAUUUCUACGAUUAUCAUUGAGACCUUCCAAAAAAGAUCCAGCGAGGUUCUAGACCCCUUUCAUAUGAAAAAAAUAUCGUCGAUAUACCUGCGCUAGAGGACCAGACCCGCUCCCCUGUCGUCCCGUCCUGGAAGGAAAGUACCCUCCCAAUGGGACAUGAACAAGUUGUCAUAGCUAGGAGCGAAUCUGGUCCCCAUCGUAAUACCGACUAACUGUAGAAAGAAGGAACCAUCAAACCCCAAAAAAUUAUUAGUGAGAAUUAAACGAAUGCUGUCUAUAAUAAAAUUAAUCUGGCUUUCAAUAAACGUAUUGCUCUGUGUCAAAAAAUAUUUAAUGGCUUCACAGCCCAGCUCAUGUGAGAACUGGUAAAGAACUGGUAUACGACAUACCGAUAUAUUUAAAUAUUUAUAUUCAUGUUUAUUAAGAAUCCCAUCUUCCAUUCACUUACUUAAUAAUAAUGUAUAUUUCUUUAUUUCCAAAGUAGGAUCUGCCUUUAAUUUGACAUAGAUGGAGGCAUCGUUUAACUGUCUGUAUACUUCCUCCAUGUAGUCCGCAACAUUCAGUACAACUAUGCCCCCACCCUUAUCUGCUGGCUUGAUUACAAUAUUAUGAUCCUGUUGAAGAUCCCUAAGGGAUUUAAUUUGAGGGUAAUUAAGAUUACUUUUUUCUUUUUAGAUAUUUGUCUCACAUCUUUUGUUACAAAUUUCUCAAAAACUUUCAUUUCGCCACUAAUAUGAUUUUUUGGAAAAAACUGGGAUUUAUCUUUUAAAUUUGUAUGUACAAAAUUAUCCUUACUAAUUUCUCUUAAUUCAUUAGUGGGGAAUUUUUUAAAAUGUUUCUUUAAACAAAGUUUUCGGAUAAAUUUAUGGCUAUCUAUAAAAGUAUUGAAGUAUUGGUGCUAGUCUGUGAAUUUCAGGCCCUUAUUGAGGACUUCUAAUUCCUAUUUGUUAGGACUUUGAGAGUUUGAAAAUACCUAAUAAUGGUUUUUACCUCUUUUUUUUCAAAGUCCAAAAUUCUUCCUGCUUGGCAUCCCCUUCUCCCUGACCCCAGGGUCUCUUUGACCUCUGUGGGCGGGAGGGUUGGUCCUGUACUAAAAAAGAAUGGGAUGAGUGUUGAGAAGUUCCAGCAUUAGAUUUGGCUUUAUUUUUAACGGUAUAAUUUGUAUUAUCACCUGUUAUAUCAUCCAUUAGGGGUCUAUACGUACUCCCAUAAUUAGGGGUGUAUUGCUGGUUUCGCUUGGAAGGCUGUGUCCUAUUUGGGCCACUAAAUUUAGGGGAGCCCCUGAAGGCUGAUUUAUUAUACUCUUUGGAAUGACAUUUUUUUAUAUGAAUUUUCAUUUACCUUUUGAUUAUCUCCAUUGUAGUUCAUUAUAUGUCUACUAGGUUUUGGCCCAGAAUUAAAGUUUCUGGGAUGAUUUCUUUUAUGUUUGGCAAAUGAACGAACUCUAUCAUAAGCAUAGUCAUGCUUGUCCCUAAUGUAUUUACUUUUUUUGAUGGAAACAACCUCUUCUUCCUGUUUAUCUAUAUUUUCUUGAGGUAGUAACUUCCUCAAUGUCUGACAUGGGUUGAAGUUUUUCUUUAAUCUCAUUGAUUUCCCUGUCUAAUUUCACAAGAUUACGUUUCCUUUGUUGGACGAUGAUGGACAUCAUACGAGCAGAAAAGGAUUCCAAUGCUGAAUUCCAAAUCUCCAUGAAUCCAUCAUCGUCCUGGUCAAAGGUAGGUUUCUUAAAGAACCUUAGACCCCUGGGAGUAUUUUUUUUUUCUGCCAGAUAUUUUUCCAUGGUAAAAUUUUUGUUUCUUUAAUCAAUAACUUUUGCAGUGAGUCACAGGUAUAAUCAAAAUCAUAUUCACGAAACCUAAUGGGUUCUGACUCACAGUGAAAUUUUCUGGCCAAUUUAUCUUGCCAAUUAUUUAUUUUUUCUAAUAAUUCCAUCUUUCAAUGGACUGGAGCAGCCUACACUUAUUGGGAAAUGGUAAAUGGAAAUAAAAAGAGGAGAGAAGUGAAUGGCGCUUACACAGUAAAAUGAACAAUAAAAACACAGUAAUGGAGUGAAAAAGGUGUUCACCAACACCCUAAAGUCAAAGUAGUAAAAUAAAGGUACUUGAAGACAACAAGUGCCAAAUACACACACCACUCCCUGUGUACCAAUAAAAAAAAUGAUACUUAUACAUGUACAGAUGUAUGUAGGAAAUAUUCCAUGUAGUAAACUCCUAUAACAACAAAAAAUAGUACUAGUGCAAAAGGACAAAAUUCAAGAAAGACACACACUAAAUUUAUUUCUAAUACAAGAAAAAGGAGUACAAAAUCAAUUCUAUCCUUGCAUGCCAUUCUAGUAAUGUAAUAUACCUCCUCUGGUGCCCUUGUGGAUUACAGUAUGUGGCAAUGACCACAAGGACUUUAAAAACUCGCAUGCUGGAACACUUGGGCAAUAUACAGAGGGGGUAUGCCAAACACAGUGUCUCUGCACAUUUUUCACAAUGCCAUAAUUGUGACCCUUGCUAUGCCAGUUUUAUUGCUAUUGCUCAAAAGAAAAAGGAUUGGAGGGGCGAAGAUAAUUUUAAAGAACUUUGUAAAUUUUAAAGCAGGUGGAUAUUUGAAUUAAACACUCUAUCCCCUAAUGGCUUAAAUUUAGAUUUUGAGCUGGCUCAUUUUUUAUAAUUUUUUUAUAAUUUUAUAAAAAAACAUUUUUUUUUUAAUGAUUUUUGUAUCCCUUUAAAUAUAUACAUUAUGCAUUUUUGAGUAUCAGCCCAUUAUUUAUUUUUAUCUAUAUAUAAAUAUAUCAUAUAAUUUUAUUUUUUUUUACAUAUUCUUUAUAUAUUUUUAUAUUUUCACUUUUGCUCUCUUUGACCCACCAAUUCUAUUCAUAUGGGCUGUAUUUACAUGUUGCAAAUGUGAUAUAUAUCUUUAUGACAUUGUGUAUUAUAUUUUUACAUGUCUCUUACUAUCUCCCCCUUGUAGGGGAUCUAUACAUGCAUGAUUAUUGCUAUUUGUAUACACAAUUAUGUUAUUUUAUAUUAUGAGUUAUUGUUUAUAUAAAUAUGCAUUUUACAAGUCACGAUAGGUGCCCAUCCACAAUAUGGAGCCUUUGGCUUCAACUGGGCAAAUGAACUGAAUUGAAUAAAGCCAACGAAAUGAGCGCAGAAAAUACCGGAAGUGACAUCAGACGCCAGUCAGCCGAACUUCCGCCCACGUGACUGGCAAUUUUUUUUUUAAAUCAAAUUUAGUAUUUACUUUAGAAGUUUUUAUCACCUGCUUUGUUAAUUGAAUGACACACGAGGCUGGUGCAGGCUCUAGCAAGCAAUUAACAGAGCGUGAGAUUAGAAAUUCUAAGUUAAACACAAUGUGCAAUAAGGGAAAUUAGAAAUGUAGACUCUUUUCCAGGAAGUGAAUAGGAAACAACUGAUUAUCGGUUGGGCUAAUAAAAUCAUCAGCUAUUCAGCCUUUUGGUGAUGAUCAGUUUUGAGAUUGCCGAUACUAAUGGGGGGGGGGCGGGUAGGGCACAGCAUACACUCUCCAUUUACCGGCAGCUUCUCUCUCCAACUCUAGUGAGCCCCAGGCAUCAAAGCAUUGACGCGGGUUACCAUGCCAACGAACUGUGCAGGAUACCAGACUAGAGUGAGGACCCGCCAAAAACUGAAGAUAGCGUGUGAGGGGCCCCAUGUUCAAUAUACAAGAUCCAGACAGCCUGCCACUGCAUGGGUUUUAUAUAAAAGAGCACAUUUUUGUUGCUUCAUUAUGAGGUUUCCAAGAAUAAUAGCAUUUAUCUCUGCAGCUUAUAUUCAAACAUUUUAUGUGCACUCUACUAAGUAUUCACUAAUAUUAUACUAUCUCUGCUCAUACCACACUGCCAACCCAUCAGCACGGUGCCCUCUGCCACCUACCAAUUUACCACCUUUGCAGACCACAUCCACAAACCCUGUUUAUAUCAUCUUCCUGGUGUGCAAAUCACAAAUCUCUUCUAUGGAUUGUAUACUCGCCACUGCCUCGUGACGUACAUAACAGGGCCCGGCUGCCCUGCGACCCGGUAUGUACACCACUGUGGCCAGCCUCUUCUCCUGGGGGACUAGGAGCUGGCCACCUCAGGGCCCCUGAGGUUGGCCCUGGUGUUACCGGGCUGGCGCGCGCGCAAGGGAGAACUCUCCCCCGAGCACUCUCUGCUCAGCUCCCUCGCACGCACCGCACUGAUGCCGGAGCCGGAAUAUGACGUCAUUCCGGAUCCGGCAUCAGUAAGCGGCAAGCGAGGGAGCUGAACAGGAGGAGCUCAGUGCUCCCUCACACACCAGCAGGACCGGCCGCCCAGCAACACCAGUGGACCUCAGGGAAUCCGCAGCAGGUAGGGAGGCUGGGGGAUCAAAAAAAAUACAUGUGUAUGUGUGUUAGUUUUUGUGUCAGUGUGUGUGUUACUGUGUGUGUAUCUGCUAGUGAGUGUGUUAGUUUUUGUGUGUGUCAGUGAGUGUGUUACUGUGUGUGUCUGUUACUGAGUGUGUUAGUUUGUGUGUCUGUUAGUGAGUGUGUGUUUGUCAGUGAGCUCCAGCUACUUUUUUAUUUGCAUCCUUAUGUGGAAAAACAAAUUCCCUAGACUAGCAUUUGAUAGUAUGACAAAACGAUCUAGUAAUUCAUCUACCCGAGACAUCGGGUAAGGGGUCAGUGGUGGUCCGCUCGUUGAGUCGCCUGUAGUCCACACAGAACCGAGUGGUCCCGUCCUUCUUGGGCACCAGGACUACAGGCGAGGCCCAAGGGCUGUCGGAGGGUUUGAUGACCCCAAUCUGGGUCAUCUCCUGUAUCUCCUUACGCAUUCCCACAGCAGCUGCUUCGCUUGUACCCUUUCAGUGGUGUCCCCUAGCUGUACAAGGUUAGUGAGGUCAGUCUGGGGUCCCUUUCUAACAAAUCGGGAAGGGGUAAAUUCUUAGGGUCAUCUGCAGCAGGGGCGCAUACUGCAGCAACAUUCUCAGGUCUCUCCUGAUACUCCUUCAGCAUGUCACAUGAAAGGAUCUCUGAAUCCUCUCAUCUGUACUGCUGGCUAUAAGGUAGGUAGUAUCACAUACCUGUGCUAUUACUCUGUACGGGCCCUGCCAAGACGCUUGCAUCUUGUUGGCCUUCACAGAUUUGAGCACCAAUACCUUCUGCCCAACCUGGAAGACUCGCUGUCGGGCACCCUGAUUGUACCAUCUCAUCUGGCUCCCCUGGGCCGCCUGGAGAUUCUCUCUUACCAUCAGAGACAGUUUCUCCAUGCGGUCCUGGAGUUCCAGGACAUAGGGUACUAUGGGGAUCCUCUCCUGCUCGGUCUCCCCCUCCCAGUGGCCUCUAAUGAGAUCCAGGCGUCCGCGGACCCUUCUCCCAUAAAGCAACUCAAAGGGGGAGAACCCAGUAGAUUCCUGGGGCACCUCUCUGUAGGAAAAUAACAGAUGAGGCAGGAAUCUCUCCCAGUCUCUGCAAGUAUCUGUAAAGGUCCUCAGCAUCUGCUUGAGGGUACCGUUAAAGCGCUCGCAGAGACCGUUAGUCUGUGGAUGAUAGGGUGAGGUAAGCAAUGGUUUAAUGCCACACACCUUCCACAGCUGCUGGGUGAGCACAGCGGUGAAUUGGGUUCCCUGGUCGGAGAGGAUCUCCUUAGGGAACCCGACCCUAGUGAAAAUUCGAACCAGGGCAUCAGCAACCGUCUCUGCCUCUAUAUUAGACAGCGCUACUGCCUCUGGAUAGCGAGUGGCAUAGUCCACCACAGUGAGAAUAUAUCUCUUACCGGAUGGACUAGUCCUGGCCAGUGGACCCACAAUGUCAACGGCUAUGCGGGAAAAGGGCUCCCCUAUAAUAGUCAUCGAUAAUAACCUAGCCUUAGGAUGGUCCCCCCGCUUUCCUACCCGUUGACAUGUGUCACAUGUACUGCAAUACUUCCACACAGCCUGAUUAAAGUUGGGCCAAAAGAAAUUCUCCGUGAUCCUAUAGGCUGUGCGGCGAGACCCUAGAUGUCCAGCUAACAGAACAUCAUGCCCUAUCCGCAAUCUCCUGCCGUUAUUUUGCAGGUACCACUAGCUGUCGAUUCGGCGGAGGGGCAACACUUUUCUGAGAAGGCUUAGGGAUCCUAUAGAGCCCCACCCACCCAUACCGCUCCCUAUCUACUCCUUCCUCUCCAGCAUCUGCUCUAUCCCGGUAUUUAUGGAGAGUCGGGUCUGCCCGGGUUUCCCUCCCAAACUCCUCUGGGGAAUCCCAGCUUAAAGGGGCCUGACCAGGGAGGAGGGUCUUACCUGGGUCUCAUCAGCAGGCGAGCCGGUUCCAAUAGCAUGGGUCUGAGCAUGAGUAGUCACAGGGUUAACGUCAGCGGGGCCCAUCUGGGCAUAAGCAGAAACCAAAAUCGUUCCCAAGAAGGACAUCAGCGGGCAAGUCCACAUGUCUAGCACCCACUCCCCAAUCCAAAUGGACCCGGGCAACAGGUAGACGGAACACGGCGCCCCCUGCUACCCUCACCGCCACAGUGUCUCCAGUAUGUUGGUGUUCUGAGACAAAGUUCUUUUGGAGCAGUGUCAUAGUGGCUCCUGUGUCUCUCAAUCCGUUCACCACUCUGCCAUUUAGCUUAACAGUCUGCCGGUGUUGCUGACGGUUGUCCUGAUGGGCUGCCUGUACAGGGUCGCCUCGUGUAGUAUGCCCCAGAAUUCCUCCUGCUCUAUACAGUGAGCAGCAGGCUGAGGUGGACGUGGAUUCCCGCCGGCUGGUCUUCUCCAUGACUGUGCUUGAUUGGUGCCGUUCAGUGGGCACUCUGGUCGCUUGUGCCCCAACUGUUUACACCCAAAGCACCUAAUGGGUUGAGAAUAAUCCUGGGUGUUAAACCGGGAUGGCUGGGUAUAACUGUUAGCUGGCGGUAGUGUUGGAGUGCGGUGUGCUGGAGGUUGGUAUACGCCAGGGGCUGGAGGUGCUGCUGGUCUGUACUCCGUUCUGGCAGGGGCUUUGGGAACUGCACUGUCCAGUCUACGUGCGUCUGUGUACUCAUCUGCCAGACGAGCAGCUUCGGGCAAAGUGGAGGGUUUUCGAUCCUUGACCCACUCUCUGACUCCGGCAGGUAAUUGAUCAAAACGGUGUUCCAGCAGAAACACUUGCAGCACCUCUUCCCCAGUUACCGCUUGGCACCCCGCCAUCCAGUGGGCUGCUGUAUGGUGGACUCGGCAUGCCCACUCUACAUAGGAGUCGCCAGCUUGUUUAUUAGUCUCCCUAAAUCAUCGUCUGUACGCUUCUGGGGUCACUGUGUAUCUGUACGCUUCUGGGGUCACUGCUCGGUAGCUGGUGAUCUCCUUCUCUGGAAUGACCCAUUCGUCCAUGGGUAUCUGGUGUAGGGCACACUGCCUUUCAAAGUCAGCCAGGAAUCUCUCCCUCUGUCUCAAUAAAAUUUUUAAAUGCAGCAAAGGGUACCUUUCUCUUUCCAAUAUUAUUGGGUACCUCUGCUGCUGCAGCUCCUCUUUCCUGGAGCGCUUGGUGUGCCAUCACUGCUGCCUGCACACGUUCUACAAUGUCUGCUGAAGGGUUGGGGCCAAAGUGUACCAGCCUUAUCUGGACUGCCCGGUUAAAUUGAAUCUUCUCGGGUGUUAAAUCCAAAAUGCUGGGCACAUUAGCUCUCUCCAUUCCCUGUGCUGCAUCCAUUUCAAAUAGUAAAGCAAUAAUCUCACAUUUCUUUAGAUUACUUGUUGACCGUCCUCGGCGUUCAAGUAUGUCUUUAAGGGUAGCACGCCUUAAUUCCUCAUACUGAAUUUCCUCCACCAAACUGGGAUGUGUAGCUGACCUUCUGUGCUGUGGGAUUCAUCCCGUCGCUUGCCACCAAUUGUUAAGACACCCCUGAUGCCUGUGAGGGAAACCACCGUUUAGUUAAGUUUCCCCCUUAGCAAUCUCUCUAUCUCCAUUCGCAUAGACUGCUGUAUACGAACCACCACCAGAGGAAGCGGUAAUCUCCCGAACGGGAUCCGUAAGAGUCUCCAAACUCCCGAACAGAAAUCCACGAAUCGCCGCUAGCCGCCGAACAAGUAUAUCCACCAAGUGGCUUUCGGCUCCAGCAAUCAUUCUCUAGUCGUCAGUAAUAAAUCCCCCCAAUAACGAGACUACGCUCCGCAUUGUGGGUCAAACAGGAUCUGGCUUUACUGUGGGCUACCCGCCCGUAUUUAUGCAGGUCUCCCACUUGGUGGACACUCCCCUAGGGGACCAAAUGGGAGACUGUAAUGAAAGAUGGACAUAUGGACAUUUUAGACAUACAAGCACAUACUUUUCCCACAAUGCAAUAUGGUUUCCUCCCCUGUGCCCUGGAGAUAAUUGAGAAGUAAUUAAAUUAUCUCCAGGACAAAGACAAAUCGCCAUCUUAAGUAAAAUACCAGAAAACACACAAAAAUACAUAAUUCCACAACUACCGAACAUUUUGCAUUUGUAUCACAUAUCCCCAGAUAGCCUGCAUCUUAUUAGUGAAUAGCGCUCAGAUCCCAUACGCAUAGUUCAUUCGCCAUGGAGUCAAAGUUCUUACAGUCUUUCGGUAUACGAAUGACUCCAUGGGAAGGGUUCAGUCUCUGCAUAUAAUUCAAAACUCCCGAACGGCCGGUGUUCGCAUGCUUUCGGCGACUGAGCAGGGUGACCCGUUGUUUCAGCGGUGUUCGGCAAAAAAAGUGGUCUUUCGUGUGAUCUAAAAUGGCCGCUGCCUCGUGGUCGACAUGCGAACGACGACCACCCUGUAUUCGUUUUAAUUGAGAUCAAUUUUCGCACCGGGGCCCUAUGGGUCGUGUGUACGCCACUGCCACUGCUGCUUCAUUUAUAAAACCAACGUGCUAACACUGGUACCUACUAGUACUGAAAAUCUAAAUCCUUUCUAAAUUCUGAUCGAUUUAAAAUGCAAUGUUUAUUUUCUACACAAUAGAAAGAUGAUGUUUUGGAAUUUCUAUAUUACAUUUACCUUCUUGGUAUCUGAUUUUGCCUAGUCAAGAAAGGGGCAGAAAUUGGCACUUAAUUAUUUUCCCUAUUGUGUCUGACACCCAGGUUGUUUAGAAGGAAAUUAUGUAAAAUGUUUGUAAUGUAUAUUUCAUUAUUUUUCAAGAUAAGUGUAGCGGCGCUCCAAUGCCACGAAUAGGUAUCUCUGCUGUUUCUUCCUCGGAUUAUUAAAGUGCUUCUUUCAGCUUCAAGACCUUUCCCCCAGCAACUACACAACACAUAGUUCUGAGAGUCCACUGAGCUUUAUUUGGCCAUACAUGGCUUUUAUGCACGGACCCCUAGCAUUGGGUCUACAUAGCCACAGGUUUCUUCCCAAGAGUCUCUAUUUCUGAGAGAUAAUUGAGUCCAAAAUAAGAACUCAAUUAUCUCUCAGUUACAGGAACUAACACAAAAUAUCUCGAAUCACCCCAAAGUACACAAUAAUAAAUCCCACACAAGUAUACGGAAUAGCUUGAGUCUGAGCGUCUACUUUGUCGAAAUAGUGCUCAGAUCCCUUUGGUAGUUUGGAAUCGCCAUUUUAAUGAAGUUUUGACUGGUCGGCCAUUAGGUGAUGUCCCAAAAUAGUUUCACAGAAAGCAAAGCAACGACCGGUCAUCUUUCUGGGGUUCCCAUACACAUACAGGCGAAUGCUCCUCCUGUUCGGUAGUUCAUGUCUCCCGAACGCAAUUCUCCUAACUGUUUGGGAAGUUGGAUGGGCAGCAGUACAAGUUUCCCGGAUGUUCGCGGGGUCGCGUAUCCGACAUACAGUUCCACACACUCGACGACCAUGUACCGCUACCGGCGUUCAAGAGACAAAAUGGCCGCCAUUGCUGAAAUUGUUACUUUUUCAAAAUUGAAAUGCACAGCAUAUAAGUACCACAUGUUGGCAAUUGUUCUGAAAGGUGAAUGGUAAUCGGCUCUUUAAAAAUUAUAUUUGCCGAUCCCUAGUAGGGUGGCUGUGUAAGUCACAGCCCGGGCAGGUGUGCUUAAAGAUUCCCUUUAUACCCUGCCUGCAUGUUUUCAGAAGGAAAGAAAAUGAGAAGGAAACACCAUCACAUGAAUAUAAGCGACAGCAUUUUGUGAAACCCCAUGUAGACUUGCACAUGGUUGUAAGUUAUCCUAUUUUGUGUUUUAAUAAAUUAUUCAUUUGUAACAUUUCACACAAUAGUGUUUUCUUUCUAUUUUCUCCGCAUCUGAUAGUCUGGGAUUGAAGAAGGUUGUGAUGAGAACUUAACAGCUCUCUUCCUGAACAUAUUCACAUUAAAGGACCACUCUAGGCACCCAGACAACUUCAGUUUAAUGAAGUGGUCUGGGUGCCAGGUCCUUCUAGGGUUAACCCAUUCUUUUAUAAACAUAGCAGUUUCAGAGAAACUGCUAUGUUUAUGAAUGGGUUAAGCCUUCCCCCAAAGCUCUCAUUGACAGCCGCUAGAGGCGCUUGCGUGCUUCUCACUGUGAUUUUCACAGUGAGAGCAUGCAAGCGUCCAUAGGAAAGCAUUGAUAAUUGAUAAUGCGCGCGCAUUCAGACGACUGGGAGGAACGGAGGAGGAGAGCUCCCCGCCCAGCACUGGAAAAAGGUAAGUUUUACCCCAUUUCCCCUUUCCAGAGCCGGGCGGGAGGGGGUCCCUGAGGGUGGGGGCACCCUCAGGGCACUAAAGUGCCAGGAAAACAAGUGUUUUCCUGGCACUAUAGUGGUCCUUUAACAUAACUGAUUAUUUUUAGGUGCAUUACUAUUUUAUGGUUAGUCUGGUAAGACGCAAUACUAAUGUAGAGCAUGCACAGAUCAGAUUCUUAUGACAUCAUUGAAGGUAUAUUUAAUGGGACGUAUUUACUUAAUAGUCUGUGUAGUGGUUGUGCUAUUUUUAAUUGGGUAACAUACUAGAAAUAUAAUAGAUAUUGUGUUGAUGUUUACAUCUGUUCAUUUCUAUUGAGGCAGUUAAGAAAUGUACAAAAUAAAUAUGGAUACUGUAUUCUAUUUUUUCACAGCUAAUUGUAGAAAGGUUAAAGCAGCAAAUAAACUUAACAAAAAGAGACAAGGAAAGAAAGUUGAUGAUUUGUCUCAGGUAGGAUCAAUUAGUACAUUAAAAAGUACCAUCAGUGCUUAUGUAUAACUUAUCUAAUAGCAGGUUCACUUUUCAAAUACAUUUAUUAAAAUGUAAAAUGUAAAAUUAUAAUGGUUGUCCCAAAAAUGUUUACUACAUACCUUUACUGAGUGUCUUAUAGUUAGCACGUGAUACUGGACUCCAGGGUUGAUGGAAUCUUCCCCAUUUCUCAUAGUUAGCUCAUAUUAAUGUUUUGAAAAUGUAUGCUUCACUCCAGCUACUUUUUUAUUUGCAUCCUUAUGUGGAAAAACAAAUUCCCUAGACUAGUAUGACAUAAUUUAAAGGCCAACUAGACCUCCCAAAACCCUGCAAUUAUUAUCUCCUAGAGAUGCUUUCUAGAAAACAUGACUGAUCUAGGGAAGGCUUGAAAAACAAUGGCUUCCAUUUAAACCUUCUCCUAUCUUACCAAGAAAUUACUCUUGCCUCCUACUGCAAGCCAUGAUAUUGAUUUAUUACUCUCACUUUAAGUUUUACUAGACUACAUGUAAUGCCCACUCCACCACCCUAUACCUAUUACCCAAUGUUAAGACACUCCUAGCUGAAAGGAGUGAAACCGACGUUUAGGUGAUCUUCCCCCUUUGAGACACAAGCUCUGCUGCUGUGGACCGUCAAACUCUCGAACAGACAAAGAAACAGGCGAAAUAAUACUUCCAAGUAGCAAUCCCCCCCAAACACAAGACCAAGCUCCGUCUUGACUGUUAAUCAGGAAUCUGCUUUAAUGAGGGCUACCUGCCAAGUAUUUAUGCAGGUCUCCCACCUGGUGGACUCUCCCCUAGGGGACCAGAUGGGAGACUGGGACAAAUGAAGUACAGUGGCCAAUCACAGUGGCUCAGGCAUAAACACUCCCCUUUGUACAGAUAAAUCCCUCCUCUCCAUCGUGGAGAUAAUUGGGAAAAAAUCCAAUUAUCUCCAGGGAUAGAGGCAAAUCGCGAUUUUACAAAAUAUAAUAAAAAGACAUAAAAAUCAAUAACUAUAAAACUACCGAAUGCUUCUAGUUCGUGUAACGUAUCCCCAGAUAGCCUGGGUCUGAAAUGCUUUCCUAUGGACUGUUUGAAUGCGCACACGGCUCUUGCCGCGCAUGUGCAUUCCGCUCCACUUGGGAGCUGAUGGCGGGGGAGGCGAGGUCACUGGCGCUGGAUUAAAGUAAGUAACUGAAGGGGUUUUAACCCCUUCAGCGCCAAGGGAGGGGGGCCCUGAGAGUGGGGGGACCUAAGGGAUAACCCUUACGGAAACUAGUGUGUCUUCCUGACGCUAUAGUGAUCCUUUAAAAUACCUACUAUAUUCUAAUGGUGGCCAAAGUUUAGCUUUAAGGCUGGCACAGCUUAAUGGGAGUUGGUGUAUAACAGCUGGAGAGCUAUCUUGCAUCCGUCUCUGAACCCGACAGGCUGUUUGGAGAUUUACCCAGUGAGAAUGAAGCUUCCACUUCACAUUUUAUCUUGCAGUCUCUCCCUGCAGCUCCUAGUACUUGAUUUAUUCAAAUGGUCUUUGCUGAAAUAAACUGCAUCUUAGGCAAUCUUUUAUACAUAUAUGUGUAAUUAGUAUGCCAUAGCUAUAUGCUAUAUUAAAGCCGUGUUAAAGCCAUUUAAUGACACUUGAAUAGCGUCCAUAAAGGGUCAAUAUCUAAAUAUUAUUACUAUUAUAGAUAUUGACCCUUUAUGGACGCUAUUUAAGUGUAAUUUAUUUUAUCCAUAAACAUGGUCUUUCAUUACAUGUCGAUAUUUGGUUUAGCUUUUCAGUCUAACAGGGCUAUUUACUAAAUUGAGAAUUCAAAGUGAAUUUCCAUUUCUAGGCCAAAGUAGCUGAAAGGGAAGCUGUCUUAGAGAAUUUUUCCAAUUCAGCUAUUAAAUCCUUAAAUGUGAGAUUCACUUCGAUUCACCUUGAAUUCUCACUUUAGUGAAUAACCCUGGACAUGUUCUUUUAAAAUAUCUAUCUAGAGCAGGUUAUGUUAUGAAUUAAUUAUUACAAAAUGUUCAAUGAGCAUCAGCACUAAGAAUCAGCAGUUGCUGAACUUGUUUGUUGUACUCUAAUGAAUUAUUAAUGACAGGUAGGACGUGCUAUCUGGACGCAAAGUAAUGGUGAGUGAUGAAUUGUAAAUACACCUGUGUCAUUGGUUUGCAGGAUAUGAGUACAGUAUUGGUUAACAGAGGUUACAGGAGUGAACAGAACUCUCAAGCAAUGCAUUCUGGAAGAACGAAAAAAGAUGAGCUAAAGGUGCCAUUCGGUGACACCAAAUCUCCACCCAAAACCCAACCGAAAAUGGUUGCAAAGCCAUCUCAUAAGUACAGAAAAGGUAAUUUAAAGGUGUGUCUGAAUAAGCUGGAGAACCUCUAUUUAGAAAUAAUUUCACAUAUGUAUACGCUUAUUCUAUUCUAUUUAUUUUUUAUCUGAUUUUUUUGCACAGUUUGCAUAUCACUACUGCUAUACCAAGGUAAACAUCUUCUUAAACGCUUCUGUAUUAAUUUUAUGUUUUUAGAAGUCCAUACUCCAUUCUAUUGCAAUUUUGUAUCAUUUCCAAUAUAAUUACCUCCACCACAGAGUACCAGGGGAUAUGUUGGCUCCUACACCGGUUCCCUAGAAGUGCCACACUACUCUGUUCAAUUCUGCAUCGUUGAAAUUUUUUUAUAAUGCAGAGAGUACCUUGUUCCCUGUCUCAGUGGACACAGCCACUUAUAAAUGUAGCUAAAGGACUGUCUCCUGGAGCAGUGAUGUCAAAGAAGGAACUUUACUUUAUCCUUUGCAGUCCAACUUGUGCACACCACUUGAAUUGACAUCUUUCUACUCCCUUCUUUUUUUUUUAUACAGAGAGUCUGAGCCAUACAUUCAGGGCUGUGAAUUAAUUGAUAGCAGCCAUAGUAUCACUGCUUAUUGAUGUGUUCCACAUAUGUUAUGUAAUUAGCAAAAUUGUGGCAGAGAUCUUAACUAAAUAUUCCUAAAUAUUCCAUAAACACUUGGUGGACAGGAGUUAAUGAGUAAAGGAAAAACUUAGCAGGCCAGAACAAAAGGCUACUGAUUGGAAUAGCUUUCUCCUUGUCAAAAAAGAGGUCUUCCAGCUGCAGCUUUAACCUUUUCAAUGGCUAACCAUCACCAACAAUUGUUAAGCUCUUAAUUACCAUUGGCAUCCAUCAGGCUAGCAUGCUAAGCAAGGGCGUCCGCAACACUUUCUAGAGGGGAGGGGGUGCAAAAAUGUUAUGACAUCCAUGCUUGACCCGCCCCUUUUUGACAAUGUCAUGAAGGCGAGGGGCAAAGUCAUAUCACAUAAAGCACCGGCAUUCAAAGGGUUGAGAGACCUGAUGCAAAAGCUUAAAAGAAGAAUCAAGUUGCCAUCGUCUGAUUUGAAGUUUGCAGUUUCUAAUCUAACCGAAUUAUAAAAAAAAAAAAAGGAGAAUGUGCAUUUGGUGUUAACAAAUGACAAUUAAAAUAUGACGUGUUUUUUUUUGUUGGUUUUUUUUUUAAACGCAUUAACAGAUUUAUUUUAUAUAUUUAUAAAACCUAGAUGGCUGCACUCACCUGAACAUUUAUAUAUUAUAAGGGUGCUGCUGGGGCCAAUUCAUACAACAUACAAGAUCCAGCGCACACUCACUUAUUACCUAAAUAGCAAUUUCAAGGCUCACAGAAUGUAAUAGUUUUAUUUAAUAACCUCACCUAGGCAAAAUGAAUGGGAGUUUAGUUACAUUAUAUGAUCAUAUAUUGCAUUAGCCUGCCACAACGUCAAUGUAGCCCAUUCUUGACAGGUCCUACUCUAGCAAUCUAAUACCUGCUCUUAUGAGAUUAAUCCACUUACUUGGGAAAUGCUACCUCAUGUUUGCCUAUUUGAGGUGUUUUUAAAUAAAACCAUUACAUUCUGUGAGCCUUAAAAUAGCUGUUUAGUGAAUGAGCAAAUUCGCUGCCAGCCCUCUUGGAUAUAUAUAUAUAUAUAUGCUGCUCAAAAAAAUAAAGGGAACACUAAAAUAACACAUCCUAGAUCAGAAUGAAUUAAAUAUUCUUCUGAAAUACUUUGUUCUUUACAUAGUUGAAUGUUCUGACAACAAAAUCAAACAAAAAUAAAAAAAAUGGAAAUCAAAUUUUUCAACCCAUGGAAGUCUGGAUUUGGAGUCACACUCAAAAUUAAAGUGGAAACCCACACUACAGGCUGAUCCAACUUUGAGGUAAUGUCCUUAAAACAAGUCAAAAUGAGGCUCAGUAGUGUGUGUGGCCUCCACGUGCCUGUAUGACCUCCCUACAACGCCUGUGCAUGCUCCUGAUGAGGUGGCGGAUGGUCUCCUGAGGGAUCUCCUCCCAGACCUGGACUAAAGCAUCUGCCAGCUCCUGGACAGUCUGUAGUGCUACGUAAAAUUGGUGGAUGGAGCGAGAUAUGAUGUCCCAGAUGUGCUCAAUUGGAUGCAGGUCUGGGGAACGGGCGGGCCAGUCCGUAGCAUCAAUGCCUUCGUCUUGUCUCAACUGCUGACACACUCCAGCCACAUGAGGUCUAGCAUUGUCUUGCAUUAGGAGGAACCCAGGGCCAACUGCACCAGCAUAUUGUCUCACAAGGGGUCUGAGGAUCUCAUCUCGGUAACUAAUGGCAGUCAGGCUACCUCUGGCGAGCACAUGGAGGGCUAUACGGCCCCCUAAAGAAAUGUCACCCCACACCAUUACUGACCCACUGCCAAACCGGUCAUGCUGGAGAAUGUUGCAGGCAGCAGAACGUUCUCCAUGGUGUCUCCAAACUCUGUCAUGUCUGUCACAUAUGCUCAGAGUGAACCUGCUUUCAUCUGUGAAGAGCACAGGGCGCCAGGUGCGAAUUUGCCUGUUCUUGGUGUUCUCUGGCAAAUGCCAAACGUCCUGCACGGUGUUGGGCUGUAAGCACAACCCCCACCUGUAAACGUCGGGCCCUCAUGGAGUCUGUUUCUGACUGUUUGAGCAGACACAUGCACAUUUGUGGCCUGCUGGAGGUCAGUUUGCAGGGCUCUGGCAGUGCUCCUCCUGUUCCUCCUUGCACAAAGGCGGAGGUAGCGGUCCUGCUGCUGGGUUGUUGCCCUCCUCCGGCCUCCUCCACGUCUCCUGAUGUACUGGCCUGUCUCCUGGUAGAACCCUCCAUGCUCUGGACACUACGCUGACAGACACCGCAAACCUCCUUGCCACAGCUUGCAUUGAUGUGCCAUCCUGAAUGAGCUGCAUUACCUGAGCCACUUGUGUGGGUUGUAGACUCCGUCUCAUGCUACCACUAGAGUGAAAGCACCGCCAGCAUUCAAAAGUGACCAAAACAUCAGCCAGAAAGCAUAGUAACUAAGAAGUGGUCUGUGGUCACCACCUGCAGAACCACUCAGUUAUUGGGGAUGUCUUGCUAAUUGCCUAUAAUUUCCACCUGUUGUCUAAUCCAUUUGCACAACAGCAUGUGAAAUUGAUUCACUCAGUGUUGCUUCCUAAGUGGACAGUUUAAUUUCACAUAAGUGUGAUUGACUUUGUGUUACAUUGUGUUGUUUAAGUGUUCCCUUUAUUUUUUUUGAGCAGUGUACAUACAGGGAGUGCAGAAUUAUUAGGCAAAUGAGUAUUUUGACCACAUCAUCCUCUUUAUGCAUGUUGUCUUACUCCAAGCUGUAUAGGCUCGAAAGCCUACUACCAAUUAAGCAUAUUAGGUGAUGUGCAUCUCUGUAAUGAGAAGGGGUGUGGUCUAAUGACAUCAACACCCUAUAUCACGUGUGCAUAAUUAUUAGGCAACUUCCUUUCCUUUGGCAAAAUGGGUCAAAAGAAGGACUUGACAGGCUCAGAAAAGUCAAAAAUAGUGAGAUAUCUUGCAGAGGGAUGCAGCACUCUUAAAAUUGCAAAGCUUCUGAAGCGUGAUCAUCGAACAAUCAAGCGUUUCAUUCAAAAUAGUCAACAGGGUCGCAAGAAGCGUGUGGAAAAACCAAGGCGCAAAAUAACUGCCCAUGAACUGAGAAAAGUCAAGCGUGCAGCUGCCACGAUGCCACUUGCCACCAGUUUGGCCAUAUUUCAGAGCUGCAACAUCACUGGAGUGCCCAAAAGCACAAGGUGUGCAAUACUCAGAGACAUGGCCAAGGUAAGAAAGGCUGAAAGACGACCACCACUGAACAAGACACACAAGCUGAAACGUCAAGACUGGGCCAAGAAAUAUCUCAAGACUGAUUUUUCUAAGGUUUUAUGGACUGAUGAAAUGAGAGUGAGUCUUGAUGGGCCAGAUGGAUGGGCCCGUGGCUGGAUUGGUAAAGGGCAGAGAGCUCCAGUCCGACUCAGACGCCAGCAAGGUGGAGGUGGAGUACUGGUUUGGGCUGGUAUCAUCAAAGAUGAGCUUGUGGGGCCUUUUCGGGUUGAGGAUGGAGUCAAGCUCAACUCCCAGUCCUACUGCCAGUUCCUGGAAGACACCUUCUUCAAGCAGUGGUACAGGAAGAAGUCUGCAUCCUUCAAGAAAAACAUGAUUUUCAUGCAGGACAAUGCUCCAUCACACGCGUCCAAGUACUCCACAGCGUGGCUGGCAAGAAAGGGUAUAAAAGAAGAAAAUCUAAUGACAUGGCCUCCUUGUUCACCUGAUCUGAACUCCAUUGAGAACCUGUGGUCCAUCAUCAAAUGUGAGAUUUACAAGGAGGGAAAACAGUACACCUCUCUGAACAGUGUCUGGGAGGCUGUGGUUGCUGCUGCACGCAAUGUUGAUGGUGAACAGAUCAAAACACUGACAGAAUCCAUGGAUGGCAGGCUUUUGAAUGUCCUUGCAAAGAAAGGUGGCUAUAUUGGUCACUGAUUUGUUUUUGUUUUGUUUUUGAAUGUCAGAAAUGUAUAUUUGUGAAUGUUGAGAUGUUAUAUUGGUUUCACUGGUAAUAAUAAAUAAUUGAAAUGGGUAUAUAUUUGUUUUUUGUUAAGUUGCCUAAUAAUUAUGCACAGUAAUAGUCACCUGCACACACAGAUAUCCCCCUAACAUAGCUAAAACUAAAAACAAACUAAAAACUACUUCCAAAAAUAUUCAGCUUUGAUAUUAAUGAGUUUUUUGGGUUCAUUGAGAACAUGGUUGUUGUUCAAUAAUAAAAUUAAUCCUCAAAAAUACAACUUGCCUAAUAAUUCUGCACUCCCUGUAUAUUGCACUUUUUACAGCACCAGAUUGCAUCCACAAGGCCAGAUUUUAUUUUCCACACCACCAGAUUGUUUACAAAGCUAUUGCCACAGCAGUAGGAGACACAUACAUUGCCACAGGCACACAACACCAAAUUGCACCCACAACACUUUCCACAGGAAUAGUCUAAUUGCUGUGGUAUGCAAGUGGGGUCUCUCUAACAGCCAGGGCGGAAUUUUCCUCUGCUCUGCUGGGCCCCACCUCCCCUCCUGUAUAAGCAGUGCAAGGCAGAGAGCGGCGCGGUCAGUGGACCUCGCGUCAGGCUGUGGCGACCAGUAGAGAAUUUGGGGUGUAACACCAUGUCUGGCAUCCCCACCCUCCCCGCGUACAUCCAUAAUACCAAGACCAUGAAAAAUUUAAAUUUCAUCUGAUUCUACUUUUUAGAAAACUGAUCUAAUCCUACAUAAGAUUUAUUUCCAUUAAACUCUUUAGAAACAGAUUCUCCUCUAAAAUAUUUUAUAAUAAAGAGUAACUUUAGCAAGAAGACAGGGACUGGUGGAUAGAGACAUUUGAGAGAUAUCCUACAUGUAAUGGCAAUCUAUCAAACUAUUGUUUACAUACCUUUCAGAAUUACAUAAUUCUAUCCAGUUGUGUAUUCAACAAUAACGUAAAUAACUCAGAAGAUUUCAAUAAAAGUCUUUGCAGACUCAUUUGCAAAAUAUAUUUUUUCCUUAUUUAGUUUCCAAAGCGGUUUCAGAGAAUCAAGGAGUUGACAAACCGUGCAGCAGUACAUAUUCUUUAAGAAGUAAAGCAAGAAAAUUAUAUAUAGAAAUAGAGGAACCACAGGACGAUGACUAUUUGUGUAUGUCUUCUUUUAGUUACUCUUUGUGUGAUUUUAUCAAUGUGAUUUACAAGUCUCUUAUAAUGAGAGUGAUUAUUUGGGUCUGCAGGUAUUAGCCCUAAGAGCAACCUUGCAUCUUGAGAAUAUGUGGAUAGUUGUACAAAUUAGUCUUCAUAAUAUUAACACAACUUGGGGGUGUCAACUGAGCAGUGAAUUGACAAGGGAAUUGCAAUUUUUAGUUCAAAACAGAAAACAUUUCCAACCAAUUUAUAUUUUGCAGCACUGUUGUUAUGGCCCGUACUUUACAAUUCUCUAAAUUCUGCACAAGAUCAAGUGUAGUAAAUGACCCCACACUGAGCUUUGAAAUGCCCGUAAUUGACUUUGUAAGAAUUCCACCAAUUAUAUUGACUUAGGUCCCUACUGUGCCUUCUGUGGUUUAUUAGGAACAACUGUCCUUAUACUUAAAUGCUGACUUCUAGAUAAUUACUAUUUCCCCAAACUUUGAAAUUUCCCUUCGUAUGGACCGUGUCAGACAGAUAUAUUAAUCUAUGACCGGAAUCCACAAAUCAAGAAAAACUAUAAAUAUCUUAAACUCUAAUAAAAAUGCAUUUACAUUUAAUUUAUGGGUUUGGUAAUGGGUGCAAUUUGUUUAAGUUACUGUUAGGAUUUCUCUGUUCUAUUUUUCCUUCAGUUAAGCUGGUGAACCUUUUUUCAAUAUGUAUUUUUUAUCAUUUAAAUAUAGGUAACCCCUUAACCUGCAGAGAGAGUUAAUUUCUCCAAAACAUAUAUCUCAAGUCAUACACACCUCGACAAAGCAUUAUGGUCUACUUGUCUUUUAUAGGAAUGUUGGGUAUGAUUUGCCUUAUGCUCUGUGAUUGGCAAUCCAUGACAUACAAAUUGCAUAAAUACCAAUGCUACAGUUGUUUAUCAAUAAUGGAUACAGUGUGUUAGAGAAACUAAUUCUAGCCUCAUUGUACUCCUAGUUUGUGAAGAAUGUCAGUCUUUUUUCAUCAAGAAAUGUCCAGUUCAUGGAGCCCCAUCUUUCAUUCAAGAUUCUGCAGUUGAAUUAGGAAAGGAAAACCGAGCUGCACUUACACUACCGCCUGCAAUGACAAUCAAACUCUCCAGCAUUCCACGUGCAGGACUUGGAGUCUGGAAUCAGGCCACAAUUCUUCCAAAAGGAACCCAUUUUGGACCUUAUGAAGGAGUCAUAACUGAAGAGGAUACAGCAACCACAAGUGGCUACUCUUGGCAGGUGGAAAGCUCAAUUUGUAGAAUUCUUAGUAUGUUUAAAAACAAGUAGAGGAAGAUUAUAUAAAGUACUAAGAGUAACGCAAUCACUAUGGAAACCAGUAAAGUACAUGUUAGAGGGUUAAUACCACCAAAUGGUAAAUGUUAUUUAUUAAACACUGCUUUUCAGUUUUACAUCAUGUAAUAUUUGUAUAUAUGAUUUGCAUAUCCCUUGUGUAAAGUUAGUGGGGACCGUGUAGGUUGAGACCCAUUAAUAACUAGAUACAAGACAAACAGGCCACAGCUUUAUUUAAUAACAAUAAAUAUCAUUAACUCAACACAUUAAUAUAAUAUACAGCAAACUUUCCCAACUGGAUCCUUGCCAACCAUUCCUAAUAUUAACAUGGACACGUGUUCUCCCCCCUCGUCCGAACAAAAAACUGGCUGUGACAAACUCCCCCUUUCCAGUGAGUCUGCCACGAGUUCCUGGAGGAGCCUGCUUGCCAGCCUCCUGCCAACAGAUUAUGGACCCUGUGAAAUAUAAUGUAAAAGUCUCCGUUCAUCUAUUUGAACUAUAUGGUUCGGAAACCGAAC